GGGGACCCCGUCCAGGUACGCGGGUGACUGUGGAUGGGGUUUCGGUCCGGGUGGGGACCCAGAUGAGGUACCUGGGUCUCACCCUGGACGGGAGGUGGGCUUUUGGGGCUCAUUUUGCAGAGCUAGCCCCAAGAGUCGUGAAAGCCGCCGCCUCACUGGGAAGGCUGCUGCCAAACGUGGGUGGUCCGAGUGCCCAUUGCCGUCGGCUGUACUCCGGGGUCAUCCGGAGUAUGGCUAUGUACGGGGCACCCAUCUGGGCGGACGCCCUCGGUCGUGCCAACAAAAUCCAGCUGCGACGGCCGCAGCGGGUCAUCGCGACGAGGGCGAUACGCGGUUACCGGACGGUGUCCUGGACGGCGGCGUGCGUGCUGGCCGGCGAUCCCCCCUGGGAACUGCAGGCGGAGAUCCUCGCCGAAACAUAUCAUUUUGUGGCGCUCAGUGAAGAUCGACUUAGGAUCGGAUCUACUAGUAAAAGGAAAGUUCAAACGCAUUCAGACAUAAAAAUUUGA